AUGCAUCAAGCUGCUCUAGCUGCCGUGCCGGCUCUCCCAUCCCACCUCCCUCCAGAGCCUGCAACCUCCGGUCGAUCCCUGUAUACACGGAGACGGCGCCGCGUGCCAGCCUCAUCCAUAGCAGUGCGGAACGGAGAGGGUUCGAUCAAGGCUUUGAGUGAACUUGACCGUCGAGUGGACGCCUUGUUGAGCAUAACCGCUGUGGAGUCCCCUCCAGCGAGCUCCCCACUGACCUCGCUCUCCCCUGAAGAAUUCUCAGAAACCGAAUUAUUGGCGUUCUAUGAAAACGUAUUAGCGCAACCCACAGCCCAGCCUCCUCCACAAGAAGUAGCUCAAACCCUUCAGGCGUACCAGAAAGAAAGAGACCGUGUCCUAGUCAACAGCAUCGCCAAUCGAAUUAUUGGGACAUCUGACAUUGACUUCAUCGCCUCAGACUCUUCCUUCUCGUCCCUGUCGAAUAUAUUGCAGCAACGUCAGCCCAAGAAUGAAACCGACGACUCAUUGCUUUCUCAGCCAUCGACACCAGUAUCACCACUCCCUAUUCAUCAACAAAUAUUGCUCCGAGUGGAGCAAUUGCAACGCUUCAUCCCAAAGACCGCGCCGAUUCCGAAGUCUCUCAAACCUGUGGUUGCAACUGCAGUUCUUCAUGAAUCUAGGACAUCUGCUUUGAUACCUCUACUCUCAGACGAGGAAUGGAAAUCAUUGGUUCGCAUUUGUUUACAAUCUAAUGAUACACAUUCAGCCGAGACUGUGCUGACUCUAAUGAAACGAUCAGGUCUGGUGCCACCAGAAGAGGCCAUCAAUGAUGUCUUGAAUGUGUAUGCCACCAGAGGCGAUAUUAUGGAAACAGAGAGAUGCAUGCGAACAUUUCUUACCGAACGGCCGACCGAUCGCCAACGGCAUCUUCACAUCAAAUCUCACCAAAAUUCUGUGCCUACAGAAACCAUACCUACGAGUGCCCUCAAUCUUCUGCAUCACUACGAAUCGCAAUCCCUACCUGCUCCGAUGACGGCCUAUACCCGUGUCAUCACUGCCCUCUUCUCUGUCCCCUCCUCCAUCGCACACGCCCAAGCUUCCGAUCUUUUCACUCACAUGCGCUACGUAGCCCAUCCAGAGCCUGACACAUUGCUCUACACGCUUAUCAUUCGUGCUUGCGCAUCUUCGCCUUACAACAAAUCUGAGCCGGAACGCGCUCUGGAUCUUUUCACCGAGAUGACCGUCGACCGGGGUUUGCUGCCGACAGCAGGCACAUAUUCUGCUGUGAUAUUGGCGUGUGCCAGAUCUGGCUCAAAAGAGUAUAUCAACGAGGCUUUCAGGCUGGCAAAGGAGAUGCUCGACGCGCACCGGGAUGCCUGGGGACACUCCGCAUUUCAUCCAGAUGGCAGGACCUGUGCUGCGUUGCUGGAGGGCGCAAAGCGGAUCGGUGAUCUAUCACGCGUGCGGUGGAUCCUGGCGGAGAUGGCGAAAAGUGUUCAAGACGAAAACGAUGAUGCAGAGGCUUCCAUGGAUGCAGAGAUCAACGAAGAAAUCAUGAUGCAUGUGUUUCAUGCAUAUGCAGCUUACAGGCCGCCGUUUAAGCGAUCUAUUGCCCCUCUUGUUGAGAAAACUGAUGCCUCCUCUCAACCCCCAUCCUCCUCCGGAUCCCCUUCCUCUGAUAUUCAUCCCGGAUCAAGUUCGGCAGAAGAGCCAUUUCUUGUUGAAGUCUCUCCCGGGUUCGGCUUCAAGCAUUUGCCCCCUCAAAGCAGACUCGAAGUCAUCAGAGAAGCCGAGAUCCUUUUUGCGCGCAUCGUCGAAGACACCUCUCCUGCGUCCUCCGGAGAGAUCUUGCACUCACCAUUCUCUAAGGUUCGCUUGACCCCUCGUCUGCUCAAUUCCUAUCUUUCAGUACACUAUGCCCAUGGAUCGCUUGAAGCUAGUCAACUUUUGUUCCAUACAUUGUUCUCGAAGCUCGAAGUCGGCCGGAACGCGCACUCUUAUGUCGACGUUCUAGAGAGGUGUUCCAUUGCUCGUCGAGGACGUGAUCGGGAAGUUGCGCUUUCCUUUGCUGACAGCAUAUGGAAAGAGUGGUCCGAAGUUGAAAACGUCCGUCGGCUACCCAACGGACGACCAGUCAGCGCACGCAUGAUUGAACGCGCCAAUGCAGCCAUGAUUCGAGUCCUGACUCUCUCAAACGAACUCGAUCGCGCGAUGGCACACCUCCGCGCUUUCGUUUCGCAAUAUCCUCCAAACGUCAUCCGCAAACCACCCACACUCCCAGCCAUGCGGUCAACUCGUACGGCUCUGACUGGUCUACGCCCCCUUGUUCGUGUGAACUCAGUACUCGAGGUUCCGGACGACACUAUCCCUCCUCUGAUCAGCUUCUCAGACCUGGAGAUACUUCACCAUCGGCUUCUUGCCACCGGCAAACAAGAGGCACUGGGGUAUAUCAAGUGGGUAUGUAAAGCGUAUGAAGGUGCGUUAAGAGCACGGCGUGACGCUACGAUGCACGCAGUUCCGAGUGAUCAAGGUGAUCAGACUCUACCAGUCGACCUGUGA